AUGGCUACAAAAACGUAUAAAUAUUUCAUUUUGACCGGAGAACCUGGAGUGGGUAAGACUACGCUGACAAAGAAAUUAGUAGCGGAGAUUGUAGGCAAAGGUGUUAAAACUUCGGGAUUCUAUACCGAAGAAGUUCGAUAUGAUAGAACUAGAGAGGGGUUUGAUGUAGUGGGUUUGGAUGGUGCUAGAGGGAGAUUGGCAAGAGAUCAGAGUCUGUUGAAUAUUCCCGUCAAAUAUAAAGUCGGAAAAUAUGGUGUUCUAGUAGAAGAAUUUGAAAUUAUUGCUUUGCCCUCUCUUGUGAAGCCAAAUAACACUCAAGCACACUUACUGGUCAUAGAUGAAAUAGGAAAAAUGGAGUUUUUUAGUGAAAAAUUCAAGAAUGCCAUUCAGACAAUUUUUAGUCCUUCAUCAGAAUACACAGUACUGGCGACCAUCCCUAUUAGAAAAAGUGACAAAUUAAUUGAGUCUAUUAGAAACCAUAGUCAAGCUAGAGUUUGGAUGGUAACAAGAGACAACAGAAACAGUAUCCAAGAAGAAAUUGUAAAUGAAAUAAAUAAAACAAUUAAAUUCUAA